UUGAUUAUUUGAAUCAAUGUUUCACACAUUUUGGCAGACAGAAAUUCCACUUAUAUCUUUUAAUAAUCUCGGUGAAUAACAUAAUUUCAAAAGAAUGUAAUGAUAAACUGGUAGCGCUUCAUAUUCCCAUUCAAAAUCCAAUCAAGCUUCCUCUUGACUUUUUCCAUUCAAAUUCGAACUCAAAUUGUGGAAUUGACUUGGGUUUUAAUGGAAUCCUGUAUUGACCUCUGCACCUUGCUCUCCCCUCGGAAGAUAGUGGAUAAUUGAGUGAGUGUAAAAUGCACUGUAGUCUGUCCCUUUAAGUGCUCCCAAAUCUUUAGCCCUGCAAUCUAGUUGUGUCAUCCUCAGGGACGGCCCCUGUGGACAGUCCCAAUGAUAUUGGUGGUGAGCAUGUCUGAGUGCUCCACUAUCCUGUGCUAAACUUAGCCCUGACAAAACCUACUCUCAUCACACUAACACACUCCAUGUAUUUGGGUUACAAUGGAACCAGUGGUGAAUGGUGUAGAGUUACCACCAAUGGAGCUGUAUUGCGAUAGGAACACUGGCCAAACAAGAUAGAAAUUCUUAGCUUCUGGAGCUCUUUUCUCUCUUUCAUUUUGUUACUCAACAUAUCACCUUGGCGUUCUUCUGUGUCACCAUGGGCAACUAUAGCUCUGCCCUCACCGCGGACAUUGAUGAUUUUGAUGCUAUCGUUUCGGUCACAGAGACUCUGAACCAAUUGGCAGCACAUGUGGAUGACCAAAGAUUUCAGUCACAGAUUCUCUCAUUGGCUGCUCAGUCUAGCCCUGACUUACAGGAAGAUGUACAGGUAGCCCCUACACAGGAGGGUGAGACGAAAGAGAAAACGGAGCUGGACCUUUCCUCUGUCAUAUCACUCAUCAGCACCCAGACAGCACCUACAAACACCCCUGUUUUACCUGUGGUUGAAAAGAAGCCUCACCGCCCUCCAAGGCCCACAAAGCUCUCCUCCUCUUCAUCAUCCACUGGUGCCAGUGUUUCCCACCCCUUCUCCACCCUCCUCCCUGGGUCUCUCUCUGCUAUCCUGCGUGUGACCCUGCCCCCUCACCUCACCUCUAACCCCAAUCCCAGGAGGGAGCCAAGUGCCCAGGGCCCACUGACCCUAGAACAGCUGCGGACAGAGCUCCGGGACCUGAGGAACGAGGUAGAAAUGAUGAAGAGCCAGCACAACAAAGAGAUUCAACUGCUGAUGAAUGAGCUGGAUGAGGAGAAAAGGAUCCGUUUGUCAGUACAGAUGGAGGUGGCACAGAUGAAGAAGCACAAGUCUAAAUGAGCGGUCAGACUCAAACAGCAUGACAUCCCCAACAAAACCAGAAAAAACGGUCAUCCGUCUCAUAGAAUCUUCAAAAUGAAGUAUCAAAGACUGAGGCGUUUGCUGUGUAGUAUCACUCAUUUAUGAAACUCAACAGAAAAACUAUAGUGAAUGUUUUUAAAAUAUGAAUAAUAAUGAACAAUCUUAGUUGUUUAGUUGAGAAAAGUUUAACUCAUGAGCAUCUUGUACAGAGACAUUUUAUAUUAGUUUAUUUUACUUUUUUAAAUAAAAAUAAAUAAAAAAACAAUCAUGUUCUUUACGUCAACAGUGGUUUACAGUACAUUUUCAUUUGUAUUUACGUGGCUCUCAUUCCCAAUUUUUUGAUUUUAUUAUUGACAUUCCUAAAAUAUUGCGUUUGUGGUAUGGUUCCUCUACAGAUAUCAUACCACACAAAUCAGUGACAGUGACAUAGACACAAUCAUAGUAUUUUUCUAGAUUCUCGUAAUAAAUACAAUAUAUUUUACUUUAAAA